CGCAGCAAUCCCGCAACGCCGUCAACAUGCGUCCCUCACUGCGAUUGCUGAACCUGGAGGUUCCGGGCUCCCGGGCCCUCUACGUCUGCUCCAUCUGCAGACAGGAGGCGCGUCCACGCCCCAUUGUCGCCCGGCAAUUCCUGCGCCAUGCCUCCUCCAACGCGGACUCGCUCAGUGAACGAGUCCGCCGCAAGCUCUGGGGCACGGACAACCCCCCGGGUCUGAAGGACCCGUACGGAGAAAGUCUCCUGGAGAAGAGAUUCGGAAAGCCCAAGCCUCAAGAACCGGAGGAGCCACAGGUGGAGGAGACGAACGAGCUGGCGGAACCGUCCGAUGGGCUGGAACCCGGCGUCUCCUAUGAGCCUGCGACGACGUGGCAUGGCCUGGAGCGUGUGGGUCAUUUGGGACGGUGGAAGGAUGCUCCUCCUUCGGAGGCUGAUACAUAUGGCUCUUUCGCUCCCAAGCACAAGCUCUACAAGAAGGGUCCUCUGUCGCUCGCUGCCCACCAAGCCGCCGUCGAAAUCAGCCUGAUGCAGGCGCUGAACAGGCCCUUGACCCACGUCUGCAAGGUCGUCGAACACGACAAGCCAAUCUUCAAGCUGAUCUGGAAAACCAAGGUCCUGCCCACUUCGCCCAACUGGGGCGAGUCCCUGAAGUUUCACAACGAGAACGCCAAGAAGGUUCUUUUCUACGUGUUCGAGCAAAUCGGCGGUACCCAGCCCGAAGCCGCGGAGCAGGAGCAGGCUGUCGAGGACAUCGAGGUCGAGGAGUUUGAGAAUUUCGAGAUCGUUGAGGACCCGUCACCGCCAGCCCCGAAUCCUCGUUUCUUUGGAUACACCGAGCCUCGGUUUAAGAGUGCUACGUCCUUGCCGUUGACUGAUCCGGCUAUCAAGUUUGCUUUCCUCAAGCGGUUCUCCCAGCUGAGUGGGCACUACUUCCCUGACAAUAUCGUCAGCCAGAUCACCAAUGUGAAACACGCCAUGCAGUACAUCCAGGGCCAGUUGCACCCGAAGCCGACGAAGCUAGCCGAGCAGCUAGAGAAUGACAAGCAGCUCCAGACCCUGUCCAACGUCAAGGUCUUCUCCAAGAGGCAGACCACGUUGCACCGGGAUGACGAGAAGGGCCGGAGGAAGCUUAUCGAGUCCGAGCUUCGUGCGAGAGGACUUCUUGAGUAGAUUGUGUGCGUGACCGGUUUAAAUGGCUCGAAGAUUAUCUCUAGUUCUUGUAGCAUGUUAUAUCUAGGAAGAAUUUUGCUGUACAAUAGGAAUUGACUUCAUUUUGUUCAUUCGC